GUCCGCCCGCCCGCCCUCCCGCCCGCCUGUCCCUGCUGCAGGCCCCCUGCUGGGCAGGGCCGGCCCGGCCCGGCCAUGGAAUCCUACGACAUAAUCGCCAACCAGCCCGUGGUCAUCGAUAACGGUUCAGGGGUGAUCAAGGCUGGCUUUGCAGGAGACCAGAUUCCCAAAUACUGUUUCCCAAACUAUGUUGGGCGCCCUAAGCACAUGCGAGUGAUGGCUGGAGCCCUGGAGGGGGACCUCUUCAUUGGACCAAAAGCAGAGGAGCACCGGGGGCUGCUGGCCAUCCGCUACCCCAUGGAGCACGGCGUGGUGCGAGACUGGAACGACAUGGAGCGCAUCUGGCAGUACGUCUACUCCAAGGAUCAGCUGCAGACUUUCUCCGAGGAGCAUCCUGUUCUCCUAACGGAGGCCCCACUGAACCCGAGUAAGAACCGGGAGAAGGCAGCAGAGGUGUUCUUUGAGACCUUCAACGUGCCAGCCCUGUUUAUCUCCAUGCAGGCUGUGCUCAGCCUGUAUGCAACAGGACGCACGACGGGAGUGGUUUUAGACUCAGGGGACGGGGUCACUCAUGCUGUCCCCAUCUACGAGGGCUUUGCCAUGCCGCACUCCAUCAUGCGGGUGGACAUUGCUGGUCGUGAUGUCUCCCGCUAUCUCCGGCUACUGCUGCGCAAGGAAGGAGUUGACUUUCACACCUCAGCUGAGUUUGAGGUUGUCCGGACCAUCAAAGAGCGAGCCUGUUACCUCUCCAUCAACCCUCAGAAGGAUGAGGCUCUGGAGACAGAGAAGGUGCAGUACACCUUGCCAGAUGGCAGCAUGCUGGAUGUGGGGCCAGCGCGGUUCCGGGCCCCUGAGCUGCUGUUCCAGCCAGACCUGGUAGGUGAUGAGAGUGAGGGGCUCCAUGAGGUGCUAGCCUUUGCCAUUCACAAGUCUGACAUGGACCUUCGCCGGACACUGUUCGCCAACAUCGUGCUUUCGGGUGGCUCCACACUUUUCAAAGGCUUCGGUGACCGAUUGCUAAGUGAAGUGAAGAAGCUUGCCCCAAAGGAUGUCAAAAUCAAGAUCUCGGCCCCUCAGGAACGGCUGUACUCCACAUGGAUCGGUGGCUCCAUCUUGGCCUCGCUGGACACUUUUAAGAAGAUGUGGGUGUCCAAAAAGGAGUAUGAAGAGGAUGGCUCCCGUGCUAUUCAUCGUAAAACCUUCUAGUGCCCAAGGAGGUGUAGCAUGUUGGGAGAGUAGGAGGAAAGGCGAGUUAGAGCCCUUAACCCUUUCUGGUCUGGGCUCACAUCCUAGGCCUAGGGUCCCCUGCAUGCCCUGAACCCUGGGCAGUGGGGCAGCUGCGCUUCCCUGCAGCCCUCCCCCUGCAGCCCUCCCCUGCACACAUGCACGCACUCACACAAACAUGGUAACAUUUAGCUGCAUGGAUGGGAGUCAGGAGCUGGAAUGAAUAUAAAAGUUGAGAAGCCCAGCUUUGGAUUGUUCCAAGGGUCCCCCUUGGCAGGGCCUUGCUCUGACCCUCAGGCUGUAUCCCUGAGCUCCAAGGCCAGAUACCCAACACCCCAUUUCCUUUGACAGGAUCCCUCCCUGAGCCAGAGUGCCUGGAUGCCUGUGUACCUAGCCUUGGGGAGUGGGGUGGGGGAGGGGUGGCCAGCAGCUCCCAGCUGGUGCAUCCCUGCUUCUCAUGCCACAUUUAGGCAUCCCUUAUCCUAUCACAUUCAGUCCUCCUGUCUCCCUGGGUGGAUGCCUUGGUGUAGGCUGAGGACUGGGCAGUCUUCCAUCCAUCCCCAGCCAAGGGGUCUGGCCCAGGAUCAGACCCUUCGGAGCCAGGGCAGAGGCUCAUGGGGUUCGGGCGGCCACAGUUUAUUGGUGGUCUCCCUUCAAAGCACUUCAUUGACACUUCAUUGACCCUCUCCUUUACCUUAGUACCUGGAUGGGAAAGGGUUAACGGUCUUCAUUUGUUGAGAGGAAGCCACUUAAUCAAGAGUCAGACCUAGAGGGAGUGAGGGGGGCACAUUUCCUUUUCCCAUCUCUUCCAGGAAAGAGGUUUUCAUUGACCCUGUGACCAGGACCCCCCACCUCCCUCUCCCAGAUAUGUAUAAUAAUUUAACAGUUGCCUGAAAAUUUUUUUGUAAAUCAUUAUAGUAAUAAUUAUGGAAAGGCCUAGUGCGUGUCUGUUUUCUUGUGGUUCUUUGUGUUGUUUGCUUAUCUGUGUCUGGGGACUUUGAGAGAAAGGACCAUCAAGAAGGCAGCAUGGCAUUGGCUCUAGCUCAGAAGCCUGAGGGUUUCAGUGGUUGGCGGGGCAACGUGGCAUGCGAGGCCCCAGGAGGCCGGGCCCUCAACCUGGUUAUAGAAUUCCCCAACCUCAUUACCCACUUGCCACAUCCACCCAGAGAAGCAGAGAACUUGGAAGCAGAGCACAAGGCUGCCUUCCUCAGCCUUAUUCCUGGAUAAGACUCAUGGCAGGUGGGGCUGGUGCUCAGUGUGUCUACGCCCUGCCCAUUCUGUUUGGGCACCUCUGCUGGUCAGCUCAGAUAUGGCUGAGGGUGACAGACCCAACAGUGAUGCAGGCUCAGGGCAGGCCGCCUGGAAAGAGAGUGUUGGGGGAGGUGAAGAAGGCUGUGUUGAUAAUCUGAGCUCUGAAGGAAAAAGCUGAGGAAAAGGGUACAGUGAGGAAUGAGAGUUCAGAGACUGUCUGCCCUUUCCUUCCUUCAUCAGGGAUCUGAACACCUGCAUUAUGUCCAGGAGGGUGCCACAGGUUUGGGGACAUGUCUUUGCCCCCAAAACCAUAUGGGUCAGGGGAAGAUGAUUAACUGACCAUUUUGGUAGCAUUGUGGGGGCCAGAAAGAAGGGCAUCUAAUCCAGCAGGUGGGGUAGGCUGACUUGCAUGGGUUCAGGAGGGGUCAGCCAGGUAGGGGAGGGUGUCCCAGGUUGAAGUAAGAGCUCAAAGGGAUGCCUGAAACCAGUGUGGCUUGAGACCCGAGGUCCUGACCCCAGUGAUGCCAAGUCAGCAGGGAAGAGUAAGUGGCCUCCUCUGGCUAUAAUGCAAGAAAACCAAAAAGGGAGGUUGGGGCCAUCAUGUGGAAGGCCUUGAGAGGGCUUUUAGCUGUGUCCUGGUGAUGGACAGCCAGCCACGGAAGGAUGGUUGUCAGAGCCAUGUGUUGAAGGCAUUUGGAGUUUGUGGGGCUGAGAGAGGGCUGAGAGCUGAGGAGAUCAGGUAAGAGGGGAGAGCUGACUGAGGCCUAUCUUCACAGGGAGUUUCAUAAGGCUUUGUGGUCACAGAGUAGUUAAGCCUGUACCUGCCCUCAAAGGAGAAAUAAUUCACAAAGAAUCCUUUGUUUGGGGUUGUGUUCAUGGUACCUCUUUCUCCAAACUACACAGGUUUGGAGCGUUAUUACUUUACUCCUCUCUUUUCCUUACCUCUUCCGCAUUCUGUCAAUUACCACAUUCUGUUGGUUCUUUUGUGGUGCCUUCCUACCUGCUAUUCCUUUACUAUGAUGGUCUCCACCACCCUAUCGCAUAGCAGUAGCUUCAUUCUCCUCUGUACCCAGUCUAUUUGCUCUUGGAUCUCAGGCCCAUGUACCCUUGGUUCUGCCACUUCCUAGUCCAAAAUGUCAGGCCGUUCUCCACUGCCUAGUGGAAUGAAACCAAACUAACAGGUCUCUGGCAAAAUCCCCUUCAUGAACCACAUGUUGCAUUAAAUUCAGGCCCUUUGGGAUCUGUUUCUUUCCUCUUUUAGGUUCAUAUAUCAUCAUGCCCUGUUCUGCCCUCCAGCUUCCACUCUCUGCUGGGAAUGACUUUCCCUCAUGUCUGUCCAAAUCCCAUCCUCUAAGGCCAAGCAUAAUGUAACAUCUUCCCCACUCCAUCUUCCAGCAGGGAUGGUGUGGUUACAGAGCUCUGGCCAAGUCAGGUUUUCCAUUGUCGGAGAAAAGCUACAGGCAAAAAGGUGGUAAGGCUAGAAUGAACUUUGUGGUGUUGGACUGGAGGUUUGGAUUCUUGGUUUUUAAUAUACAUACCGAUAGAUGCUGAAAUAAAUAGGCAUCAGUGUGUGAAUGCUAGGGUUAGAAUAUAUGCAUUUCCCAGCCCUGUCUGCUUGGAGGCCUUGGACACAGUGACACCCCAGUAGCUGCAAGCACUUAUAGGGUCCAGAUUUGGGCUUCUGAAUACCACUCUCUAAUAAAAGGAACCAGAGCUCCCUGGAGGAAUUCCAGAUCUAGGGCAGAGAGUAUAAAAUGAGCCUGGAAUAUCUUGUGGUACCAUAAAAUAAGGAAGUGCUCCGGGGUGCGUGGAUGGCUCAGUCAGGUAAGCUUCCGACUUCAGCUCAGGUCAUGAUCUCACAGUUCCUGGGUUCGAGCUCCGCAUCGGGCUCUAUGCUGACAGCUCAGAGCCUGGAGCCUGCUUCAGAUUCUGUGCUUCCCCCUCUCUGCCCCUACCUUGCUCGCGCUCUCUUGCUCUCAAAAAUAAAUAAACAUUAAAGAAAAAAAUGUUUUUUAAAGGUGAGGAAGUGCUCCAAAAACAAAGGGGGCUUAUUGUCUUAAGGACACAGAAAUCAACUUGAAAAGAGCACCCAGUAAUCAAAUCUGUGAUGGAUUAUAAACCAUCCAUACAAUAAAAUAUCAGAGUCCACUCUGAUAUUAAUAAUUGAAUAGAUGUAUACAUGGAGGAGAAGGGACAGUUCUUCCUUACAGUAGUUCAAUUCAUAUAGAAGGAAUAAUGGAAAAUGGAAAUCACCAUAGGCAAACCACAGUACUAGUUGCUGUCUGUAAAAAUAGAUGCAAAAAUUAGUGAGCAGAAGGGGUGUCUGGGUGGCUCAGUUGGUUAAGUGCUGGACUUCAGCUCAGGUCAUAGUCUCAUGGUUCAUGGGUUCGAUCCCUGGGUUGGGCUCUGUGCUGACAGCUCAGAGCCUGGAGCCUGCUUCAGAUUGUGUCUCCCUCUCUCUGCCCCUCCUCCACUUGCGUGCGCUCUCUCUCUCUCUCAAAAAUAAACAUUAAAAAAAUUUUAAAAAUUAGUGAGCAAAAGGACAUUUGCAUUGCUUCAAAGUUAUCUCCCCCCACCCAAGAUAACUAGUAAUUACAAAAGGAAAAAUAAUUUUAUAAUGGAGAAACUUAGUAGAUACCACCUUAAACCAAUGAUCAAAUUUGUAUCCCCAGUAUUUAGUCAUUGUCUCUUUUUUUUAAUUUAUUUUUUAAUGCUUAUUUAUUUUUGAGAGAGAGAGAGAGAGAGACCACAAGCAGUGGAGGGGCAGAGAGAGGAGGAGACACAAUCCGAAGCAGGCUCCAGGCUGAGCUGUCAGCACAGUGCCCAACACGGGGCUCAAACUCACAAGCCAUGAGAUCAUGACCUGAGCUGAAGUCGUAUGCUUAACUGACUGAGCCAUCCAGAUGCCCCUUUUUGUUAAUUAAAAAAAAAAAAAAAAAAAAUUUAUGUUUAUUUUUGAGAGAGAGAGACAGCACGUGAGCAGGGGAAGGGCAGAGAGAGAGGUAGACACAGAAUCUGAAGUAGCCUUCAGGCCAGAUGCAGGGCUGG